UAAAUAGCUGCUGGUGAAGCCGUAAAUUUCAAAAAGACGAGUAACGAAUGAAGAAAAUCCAAGUAAACGUUUCCUUUAUCUGGUUUGUGGCCGGUAUUUGCUACGCACUUGCAUUCCAGAUGCUUUAAGUUGUACUGUACUGAGAUAUCUAAAAGGCGCGAUGGAAGAAAUUACCCUUGUACAUCCAUCGUCGCCUAUUUCCUUAGAUGAUUUCACUCCAUUUGGUGAAGACAAUGGUGAUGUAUUGAUGCCCAGUCAGCUCGAUGCAAUUUCAGACAAAAUCAACACUACGACAGUUUUUCCUUUGUUUGGUCGGAAGUUUACUUCCUUGUAUGUAAGCAGCCAUGGUCUGAUAUCAUUCGAAAAACCAUUUACAAGCUACAAACCAAAAAGGUUUCCCCUUGUUGGUGUCAUUACUACUAUAAUAGCUCCAUUCUGGGCAGAUGUUGCAGAAAGAAAUGCUAUAGGUGGUAUUUUUUAUCGACAAAACAAUAAACAAUAUCUACUAGAAGUGGCAUCAAUUGACGUAAGAAAGGCCUUUCCAGAUUUCUCGCGAUUCUUGGCAAUAUGGAUGUUUGUCGCUACUUGGAAGAACGUAUCUUUUCAUGGAAGUAACAAUAAGAACAUCACCAACACCUUCCAGGCGGUAUUGCUAACCGAUGGUCGCUACUCCUUCGUUCGUUUUAACUACCACAAGAUUACAUGGACAACAGGGACAUCAAGUGGAGGGGACUCAAACAACGGCCUUGGAGGAAAUGAAGCAGGGUGUGGGUUCAACGCUGGAUUUGAUAAUUAUUACUACAACGCCACUUUUAAUGGUUAUCGAAACAUUGUUGUACUGGAUCUCCCUUUCAAAACAAACGUCAAUAAAUCAGGAGUGUGGAUGUUCAGGACAGACAACAUCACAAUACAAGAGGCAAAAUCGCCUAUCACGGACGUGAAAGAUCUCCUGACAUUUGAGGUUCGCUUUGAAAAUGGUGGUGCCACGCCCCAUUCUGGUCGAGUUGGUAUUCGCUAUGGUAAUUCUUGGAUUCCCAUCUGCUAUAAAGGACUGGACUACCCUGAUGUGAAAGUGAUAUGUCGAAUGCUUGGAUAUGUGGAUGUCAAUCAUGUUUAUGCUGUCAGGACACCAAGCUCUGCUAAUGGUAGUUUCUGGCUUAGUGGUGUUGAGUGUAACGGAAAUGAGCCAUCAAUACAGAAUUGCAGUCGAACAGGAUGGUGGCAGACCUCGUGUGACCACGAUGCUGUAGUCACAUGCAAAGCGGGGAAAACAGCUGUCGACAUUCGUUUAGAAAACGAUACCACGCCGCAUUCUGGACGAGUUGGUAUUCGCUAUGAUAACAUAUGGGGCACUCUAUGCAGCAAAGGACUGGGUAGGAACGAUGCUAAAGUGAUCUGCCGUAUGCUUGGUUAUGUUGGAGUAAGUCACGUGUUCACAAUUCCUGGAAAUGGUACCAUCUGGCUUAGUGACCUUGAAUGCCACGGUGACGAAGAUUCAAUUGUCAACUGUAGUCAUUCAGGUUGGUGGCAGACAAGCAACUGUACUCAUCAUCAGGACGCUGCCGUCACGUGCAAAAUAGCUGAGGCUCCUCAUUUCCAAAUCGACGCAAACAACGGCAUCACAGAUUCUGCAGUUAUUGUGAACCUAACCAAACCGACAGGGUCAUUUGAUGCACGUCUGAAAAGCUCGUAUCAAUUUAUGGUGGAAAGAGGUCGUGAAAUACCAUCAUCCCCUAUCACUUCUUACAACGAUACAUCCAUGAAGACGUGCUCUGUCACCACCAAAACAGUGUUUGGUGAUUCUUACAUCACUGCAGAGGUUCCAGCAAAUCCAAAUAAUGCUAGUAGUUUCACCAUUGGCGAUGGCUUCUAUUACCAUGKUUACCAUAAUGUACCAUUAGAACCCGGAUGUUCGUAUAGGGUACAAGUGAGGAUUGUUACCAUGGCAAUUGACGGGAAAAAAGUUAUCAGCGACGCCACAUUUGUUUCUUUUUCAACAAAGUCACAAGUUCAAGCCAAUAUGCAAGUUGAUCCUCCAGAAUUUCAAAUACGUAACAGCAGUUCCAUAAACCAAACAUCAGCAGUCAUCAGUUUUCUUGGCGAACAAAAUAAACACAAGGAAAUCCGUUGGUAUCGCAUUGCCGUCGAGAAGACAGAUAGAGAUAUUUUCCUAUCAAAAGAAAUGUGAGUGAACCAGUCUUACAUCACUGCAGAGAUACCAACUACAAGUUCUACUUUCACCAUCGGUGAUGGUCUACAUUACCAUGGUUACAAAAACGUCCCAUUAAAACCCGGAUGUACGUAUASAGUUUACGUAAAAGUGACGAUCACAACAUUGAAUGAGGAGAAAAGAGUAAUCAGCGACGCAAGAUUUGUUUCUUUUACAACAAAAUCUAUUGAUGUGUACGAGAAUGCAUAUUUACAAGGCACUUCAGGACCUACUUCCAAGAGUUCUAUCAUCAAAGAACCAUUGGUGAUUGGGUUAUCCGCCGUUUUGGGAAUGACAAUCGUCGCAUUCAUUGUAUACAUUGUGUAUAACACGAUGACGAAGAAGAGAAAAAAACAAAGGAAUGCCAACAACAAUCCACCAGCAAUUGAAAUCUCAGAUUUAUCAAAUGCACAUAUCAGUGCAGGAGAAACCUCGGACAACCAAUACCAGGAACUCAAUUUCCCACCACAGCAAAACAAAAAAAAUGUACUCAGGUUGCCUCACAAUUCUCAGGACAUCUAUCAGUCACUGAGUCCCCAGACAAAGUCUCAGAAUAAUAAUGGUUAUGUUGAAGAACAGUCAUCAUUAGCUUACCAUAUCUCAAAUGCCAGUCGAACGGUGAGUGUCGUUUUUGUCGCGAUUACAGCAGGACAUCUAAUA